GCCAAUCAAGUUGAAGAUGCGCCAAAAACAUGCGCAUCGAGCAGAACUAAAACAACAAACCAUUUGCAGACUGGCUUCACAAAUGAAAAUAAAAUAGAUCUAAGAUCUUAGUCGGCGUAGUCUCAGUUUACUUUUGUCAAAAUGCUCUAGAUACCAAACAAAUACCAAUGGACAGUGCUUGGAAACCAGGGUCCAGAAAUGGAAAAACGAAGAGGAAAAAAGAUUCUGGUCUUGAUGAUAUACUGGGAGACUUGCUCUCUAAUGAUGAUGAUCUCCCAAGUUCAAAACCUGUCAAAUCAGUUAAAGAUACAGUGGGUAUAAAGAAAAAAACAAGAGGUACAGAUGAGGAGUUUUAUAGCAGUCUUGCUGCCCUGGCUGAUGACCCCACAACCAGCUCUGAUAUAUCUGAGGCAGAUGCUGUAGAAAUGGCCAGAGGUUUAGAUGACUUAGAUGCUAUGGAUGAAAACCUCUUUCCAACCAAGAAGAAUCUGCAGAAGGAGGUCAAGACACCAAAGAAAGAAGUAAAGAAGCCACAGAAGGAGGUUGUACCUAAUAUGCCCAGUAAAGCCACGGAAAAAAGAACUGCUACUGUAGAAGAAAAUGACUGGGAUUCCCCAGUUUCAUCUGAAUCAGUUCCUGCACAACCUAAAACAGUUUCAGGCACAAUGAAGAGGGAGGAGAAAGAUACUAAACGGAAUUUGAACAAACCAGCCAAAAAGUUUGACUUUGGAGAUUUUGAUGAAGAUGAUCCACUAGCAGGUUUACUUUCUGAUGAAGAUGAUCCUACUGUAGCCAAGAAAAAAUCAAACAAAAAACAAGCAGAGAAAGUUCAAGAAGUAGCUCCAGAACCUGCAAAUACUCACUCUGAACCUGUUGCUGAACCUUCAGUAACCCCAAGGAAAACUAAGAAGAAAGAAGCUGACAUUCUUUUUGAUGAUGAUGAUGUUUUGGGAGGGAUGGGCUUUGAUAGUCCUCGACAACAAAGAGCAAGAGUUGAGAUAUCAGAAGAAAGGCCUGCAAGGGCAAAAUCUGCCUUAGAUACAUUGUUGGGGAAGAGUAGUGAUGACGCAAAUGAAUCUCUAAGUCAACCCUCAACAGAGAAAAAGAGAUUUGUUUUGGAUAAGAAAUAUGCAAAGAUGACUCAAGAAAAGUCAAAAGUGGAACCAAAAGAUGAAGAUUUUCAGUUUGGAGGUUAUAUGCCCACUGCAGCCACAGAGCCACAGAAUGUCAGAAAAUCUGUCAGGUUUAAUGAUGUUGGUGAAGACUCAAAAGCUGGUGGCUCUGGACGACGUAGCAGAGCUGGAAUGUCCUCAACUUUAGAUCAGUCAGAAAAUGGAGAUGAUUUUUUAGACAGUUUAAUUUCAGAAAAAUCAUCUCGCUCAAAAGCUAAUAUUUCAUCAGGGGAUCAGUCUGAUUGGCUUGGAUUUACCAAUGAAAAGCCCAAAAAAGAACCUCAAAAACAUAGUGAUCAGAGUGAUUGGUUAGGGACAGAUACGAAAAAUAGUGAAAAAGUGAAAGAUUCGUCUGAUUGGCUCGGACUAACAAAGGAAGUGCCAAUUAAAGAAACUCAAAAACACAAACAUAAUGAUCCGAGUGAUUGGUUAGGGACAGAUACGAAAAGUAGUGAAAAGGUGAAAGAUUCGUCUGAUUUGCUCGGAAUAACAAAGGAAGUGCCAAUUAAAGAAACUCAAAAAGACAAACAUAAUGAUCCGAGUGAUUGGUUAGGGACAGAUACGAAAAGUAGUGAUAAAGUGAAAGAUUCGUCGGAUUGGCUCGGAUUAACAAAGGAAGUGCCAAUUAAAGAAACUCAAAAACACAAACAUAAUGAUCCGACUGAUUGGUUAGGGACAGAUACGAAAAGUAGUGAAAAAGUGAAAGAUUCGUCUGAUUGGCUCGGAUUAACAAAGGAAGUGCCAAUUAAAGAAACUCAAAAGCACAAACAUAAUGAUCCAAGUGAUUGGUUAGGGACAGAUAUGAAAAGUAGUGAAAAAGUGAAAGAUUCCUCUGAUUGGCUUGGACUGAAUGAUUCAGGUGAUCCCACAACAACAAACAAGCAAAAUGAUCCAUCUGAUUAUUUGGCUAUUUCUGGUGACUCUGAAAUUGAAAGGUCUGGAAAGAUUGUAAUUAGAGAAUCUAAAAGACAACAAAACCAAAGACAAUAUGAACCUGCUGAUGAUUAUAUUGGCUUGGGGCAAACUACAGGUGACAGAAUAAGUAUGCCACCACAGCAACAAAAUAUAACCUUAGCUCAAAAUCUUGUAAAUCCAAAUCCCAAAGCUCGGCCUGCACAACAAAAUGCUCAAGCAGAUCAGGGAAAGGCACACUCUGAAACUUCCUCUAUUAUAACAACUAGUCAAGGCAAUGCAACAAACAUGCUGACUGAAAAUGUUAGAUGGCCAGGGAAUCAGACAGAAUAUCUUCAGCUGAAACAACAACAGGAAUUGAGAGAUUCAUUGCUGAGACAAGAACAGAUGCUCCUUCAGCAGCAGCAACAGUCUCAGCAAAUUGUGAAUACCCAACAGACCUUGCCCUUCCAAUCUGAGGAUACAAUGGCAUCCCGCUUAAUUCCUCCUUCCCCAGUAGCAGUUGGAGUGGGGACAUAUCUACCUCAGCAACAGCACCCUGCACAACAUCCCCCCCACCCAGAAAGCUCAACUAAAAUAUUGGAACUCCAAAAUCAGGUGAGGAGACUUGAGAUUGAAAAGAGUCACAUUGAGUCCAUGUUAGAUAGUGCCAAUAAACACCACCAAGAGGAACUUAAUGCACUUGAGACAUCUAGCAAGGCAAGGUUAUUAGAAGAAAAUAGAUUGUUACACACUCAAAUCACUAACAAAACUGAGACAAUGGAACAGGAAAAAUCCGAUCUCAUUCAGCAGCAUUUCAAAAAGUAUGAAAACUGGGAAAAGGAAAAAGUUCAAGAAAUCGAAAGACUUCGAGAAUUACAUAGAGAAGCCAUAGAGGCACUGCGCAAAGAACACGAGGAACAUGUUUCUAGCUUAAAGAGGGUGAAGGAGCAAGAACUAGAAGCAGUCACCAGUGCACAUUCACAUUCAAGAUCUCUUCAUGCUGUUAUGGAACAGAUGCAGAGCAAUGCAAAAGAUCUUGGUGAAUUGCAACAUACUGUACAUGUCCAACAUCAGGCAAGUCAAGAUGAGCGCCACCUCACAGCAAUGGCUAGAGAUGAACAGUUGAAAGCACUGCAGGAAAGACAUGCUAAGCAGCAGAAAGAAAAUGAAUCCGAACGUGCUGCUCUUCAAGAAUUAAUUGUUAAAAUGGAGGUACAGUUACGUGAACAGCAAAGAAUUUCUGAACAGGAAAAAUGGAAAGUAAGACAAGAAACUAACAAAAUGGAAGCUCUACAAAUGUCUCUGGCAGAGGAGAAAAGGAUUUUAGUAGAGCAAGUUCAGAGGGAGAAAGAAGAUAUUCAGCGUGCCAAGGAAUCCCUAUUGAAUGAACAAAAGGCUGGAAUGAGUCAAUUGUACGAGGAAAGACGUGCCUUGGCAGAGGAGAGGUCUCAGUUAACAAUAUCACAGAGAAUGUUGGUGGAUAGGGGACAGAGAGAAUCAGUCAGAAAGGAACAUAUUGAGGGUGAGUUAGAAGGCACAGUGAAAAUGAUCACAGAUAUGAAAGCAAAGUUUCAAGAGAGGCAACAAAAAAUACAACAAGAACAAGAAGAUCUUGCAAAAAUAAGAGUUGAGCUGGAACAUCAGAAGAAGGAGUUGGAACUGGAGAAAAUGAAACUUAAAGACAUGGCAAUGCAGUUGCAGGAACGUUCUCAGAAUAUUGAAGGGCUAGCAAGAGAAGCUGCAAAGGUAAAAGGUGAAGGUGAUAAAGCAAUUGCUGAAGCCAAGAACAUAGAAAUGGACCACAAUAUUAGACUAGAAAAAAUUCAGCUGCAACUUACAACACUCCGGGAUAAAGAAAAAGUAAUUGCCCAGGAGAGAAUAUCACUGUGCAGAGAGAAAAGAGAUCUGCGAAAGUCAUUAUGCAUCAACUGCCACAUGCUUUUGAGAAAUCAGUCUCAUGAUAGACCUAAUGUCUACUCUGGAAUACCAGUCCCAAAAGUGAACAAUAACUCAGGAAUAUCAAAAAUACAAUUGAACAGUGGUUCGUUCAACAAUAACUCUGCUCAGGAACUAGGCAAAAAUCUCAUGUACAAAGAUCAAAUGUACAAAUCACAGUUGGAAAUGAAACAUUGGGAAAUAGAAUCUAAAAGAGACCAAGAGUUCCUCAAAGAUGAGGAAAUGUUUAAGCAAAUAUAUUUAGAAACUCCCUAAGAGGCCUAGAACAGAUUAAGGAUUAUUUUAGUAAAACCCUUAUUCAACAUACAUUUCAGUCUUUAAUUGUCAUAUGGCCCACCACAGAAAAUAAUUGUGUUUUGCUGUUUUUGGAUAACUGCUCAAUAGAGGGUUAAUUCUAGGAUGCAGAAAGCCAGAGACACACCGGUGAUUGGGAAAAUGGGACGAAAUUCCAACAAAUCUGGAACAUUUAUUUUUUCAAGAGAAGAAAGGUUGUUGUCAAAGUGAAGAAGCGAAAAUAAAAUGUUUUAUGAAUGUUCAAAGGCUAAAAUAGGUUCAAAUGUUCAAAUAAUGUAAGUUCAUUACGUUCAAAUGGGAUAUAAUGAAACCCUCUGUAUGAGUACCACUUCAGAAAUACUGUAGAUACACUUAUUUUGAGCUACUAAUUUGACAGAUUUGCUCAAUUUCAAAUAUUGGCCGCUAUUUAAUCUGGUGGUUUCAGGACUGAAGUUUAAUUUGUCCAUGUUUAUGUCAUUAGGACAGGUAUUUACUUUAAAGUUAUUUUCUGUAUUUCUUU